CCAACCCGGUGUGCAAGGUUACGAACUACUGUAAGACGAAGGGCACCCACUGCCGAAACGGAGGCACUUGCAUCCCUACAGGCCGUGGUAUGUGGCUGUUCAAGUGUCAGUGUCCGAGCGCCUGGACGGGCCAGGUUUGUCAGAAGCCGCUCGACCCGUGCGGCUCCCGGGCGACCGGUGCGCGGCUGUGCGGCGCCGGCUUCACGUGCUCACGGAACCCCGAGUCGGUGGCCGGCUACCGCUGCAACUGCCGCAACCACCCCGGAUACGCCGCCAAGUCAGCCUCUGAUCCGCGCUGCAUCAUCAAGGACCGGUGUAAGGCGAAGCCGCCGUGUCAGAACGGCGGCACGUGCACCCCUUCAGCCGAGUCUGGCCGCGAGUACACGUGCACGUGCAGUCCGGCGUGGCGCGGCCGGCACUGCGAGGAGCCCAACGACCCGUGCACCACCGCCCUCAACAGGUGCGGAACUGGCUGGAAGUGCCGCCGGGACCCGACACACGCCUCCGGGCAUCGCUGCGGCUGCAGCUCCAAACCCGGCUGGACCAUGAAAUCAGACACGAACCCUUCCUGUGUGGUGGCCGACGCGUGUGCCGCCCGGCGGCCCUGUCAGAACGGCGCCACCUGCCGCCGGCGACCCGGCACCUCGUUCAGCUGUCUGUGCCCGCCGGCGUGGAGCGGUCGGCUGUGUCAGCUGGCGCGCGACCCGUGCCCCAGCCAAAGGGAUGUGUGCGGCGCCGGGUUCAACUGCACGCGCAGCGAGGCCAGCCCGGCGGGGUUCACCUGCCAGUGCCGCCGCCGGCCCGGCUGGGCCCGAAUCUCAGGUAGCAAACCACUUCCUUCUUAG